UGACGGACUGCAGCUGCCGCUCUUCCUAUCCGCCUCCUUUUAUCCAUCGCCGCCGCCGCACUUCGGAUCAGACCUGCGCAGACCGGGGACACGUGACGUCACCCACACCCCACCAGCCUCUCAUGGCUCUCCUCCUGGGAGUGUAGCGGGACUUGCACGGGAUGCUGCGAGGCUGGACGGCUCGGUCACCACAAUAGCAGCGCACAAGAGUUGGCGGAGAGAGGAGGAGACAUGUACACCUUCGUGGUGAGGGAUGAGAACAGCACCGUCUAUGCCGAAGUGUGUAAGAUCCUGCUGGCCACGGGACAAUGGAAGAGACUGAAGAGGGACAAUCCCCGCUUUAAUCUCAUGCUGGGAGAGAGGAACAGACUGCCAUUCGGGAGACUGGGGCAUGAACCUGGAAUAGUACAGCUGGUAAAUUAUUACCGUGGGGCAGACAAGCUUUGCCGGAAAGCUUCCUUGGUAAAACUCCUAAAAACAAGUCCUGAGCUUUUAGGAUCAUGUCCGUGGUUCCCAGAAUCCUAUGUGAUUUACCCAACCAAUGAGAAAUCGGAGAAGCUUCCGAUGGGGCAGGUAAGGAAAGGACUUCAAGACCUAAUCAACAGCACCCGUACGGAUGAGCGAGAAGAGUUUCUGGAAUCCUUCAAUGAAAGGAAAGAGAGUGGGAAAGGAAACGUGUGGAUUGCCAAGUCCUCUUCAGGCGCUAAAGGGGAAGGAAUUCUUAUAUCUUCUGAUGCAACACAACUCAUAGACUUCAUAGAUAAUCAAGGUCAAGUCCAUGUUAUUCAAAAGUAUUUAGAAAGCCCCCUAUUACUAGAACCAGGACAUCGCAAGUUUGAUAUAAGAAGCUGGGUCCUUGUAGACAACCAGUACAACAUCCACCUGUAUCGAGAGGGUGUAUUGAGAACGUCCUCAGAACCAUAUAAUGAUUCUGACUUUCAGGACAUGACCAGCCACCUGACCAAUCACUGCAUUCAGAAGGAGCAUUCAAAAAACUACGGGCGAUAUGAAGAUGGCAAUGAGAUGUUCUUUGAUGAAUUUAAUCAGUACCUUGAGAGCAGCCUGAACAUCAACCUAGAAAACAGCAUCCUCUGGCAGAUUAAAGAAAUUAUAAGAGUCUGUCUGACAUGUAUAGAACCCUCAAUCUGCACUAAGCAUCUGCCCUACCAGAGUUUCCAGCUGUUUGGCUUUGAUUUCAUGGUUGAUGAAGAACUAAAAGUCUGGUUGAUUGAAAUCAAUGGUGCCCCUGCUUGUGCACAGAAAUUGUAUGCAGAACUUUGCCAGGGCAUCGUAGACCUUGCCAUCUCCACCGUCUUUCCGCUGAAUGACUGUGUGCAGAAGAGGAACCAGGACAACAUAUUCAUCAAGCUUUGAGAUCUCUGCCUUAUUUAUUUACUGACAUGCUCGGCUGCCACAAUAUUUAUUGUUCAAGAUGCAAACCAAUGUUUUUGCCCAGUAUCAUGCCAAAUAGAUAUUAUGAAUUUGGAGACCAGAGAACUUUCUGAAGGCUCUAGGAAGUGCUGAACUGGACUUAACUAUAAUUUGCUUUUAAAUGCCAAACUUUCAGUUUUUAUAUAUUUAUAUGUAUAUAUUUUGUCUGUUUGUUUUUUUAUAAAUGAGAAAAUUAAGGAUGUUGCCGAAACCUAACCUGGAACACUGAUGUUUCUAUCUGUAAAUUAGGAAAGUUUUUUUUCUUGACCAUGAGAUGUAAAGACAAAAAGAAAGUGAAUUACUGUAUGUUUAGUACCAGUCUUGGAGCUGGUAGUAAUCAAGCUGUGAGGUUACUGGAUUGCGAUUUGCAUUGGGCGGCACUCAGUACAGUCAAUGGCCAUGUCAGCCCCUGCUUAAUCUUGGUACACACUAUAUAAUUUUUUUCAUUCAACCCACUGGGCUGAAUGAAAAAAAAAACUUGACAGAUCACUGUACAACACAUGAUAGUACAGCGAUCUCCCCAACUGUGCUCUGACACGGGUCUGCCAUUGGCUGUGAGUGCUGAUCGGAUGCCGGUUGGCAUGUUGGUUUUCCAGUAUGCCCUUUGACAGAAGUCGGAGAGGCUUCUGUACACACUGUCCGAAUGUCGGACAGUUUCUGUUGAACUGGCCGAUAUUUGGCCCAUGUGUACCAGCUUUUACAGCCUUCCUUGAACCCUGCAAGCAGCAGUCAUUCUGUGCGCUGUUGACUUUUGUUCUGAGUGCAGAACAAUGCAUCUCACAAAUCACCCAAGUGCAGUUCACUGUAUUUGGGACUCCGAUGGUCUAUUAAAUGUCUUUUGCAAAAACCUUUUAAAGAGUUAAUCUACCCAAAGCUCUUAAUUCAGUUAUGGCUGGAUGCUAGUGGACCAAAUUGCUCACUGUUUUGUUAUAUUGACCUAGGAUUGCAGUAGAGUAAUUUACCUGCUAUGCUUUUCCAGCUGGGAUUGUAACGUCACUGCUUCUUUCAUUAUAAAAGUGUUGAAACACAACUGCAAAGAGUAUAUGUAAAGGUCAGGUUGCCAUUUAUGCAUUGAUUACGUUAUCCUACCCUAGCAUAUAAUUGCUAGGCAGUCCUUUUGCAUAGGCUGAUCAUAAAUGUCCUCAUUCAUCUUGCACACAGUUGACUAAUGUGUUCUACUUCUUUAGACAGUGUUAUCUUCAUGACUGCAAGUUGGUCUUUUCCUAAAUCACUUUACCUUCUGUAUGUAGGAGGACAAUUGUCAUGUUUCGUGUUGUUUUCUCCUUUCAUAAGACAUAAUUGUGAACUGCUCCAGAUAUUCUUUCUUCAAUUGUAAAUUCCCUCUUUUGUGUGCAUUUCUAUUUACUUUACAUAUUUUAUAUUUACCACU